CUUCCACCACAAAGCAAUACAAACGCUUGCUUACAUUAUAAUACAAGCCUUUUCCUUUUCUUUUUCCCAACUUUCCACAAACACUAGUUUCAAUGGCCGAGAGAAUUCAACCUCCCAAAAAGGGAAACCUUAUCACCAUCCUCAGCAUAGAUGGAGGAGGAAUUAGAGGAAUCAUCCCGGGGGUUCUUCUUGAGUACCUUGAAUCUCAACUUCAAGAACUAGAUGGGAAAGAUGUGAGGCUUGCUGAUUACUUUGACGUGAUUACUGGGACUAGCACGGGUGGUCUUAUUACGGCCAUGUUAACGGCGCCCAACAAAGAUAACCGGCCUUUAUAUGCUGCCAAUGGCAUUGUCCCUUUUUACCUUGAGCAUUGCCCCAAAAUUUUCCCACAAGCAAGUGGGUUUUUCGGCUCCAUUUUGGGCUCGAUAGAAAAUGCUGUUGGACCGAAAUACAACGGAAAGUAUCUUCACAGCCUAAUCAAUGGUCUAUUGGGAACUACAAGGUUGCAUGAGACCUUGACAAACAUUGUUAUUCCUACUUUCGACAUCAAGAAGCUGGAGCCUACACUAUUUUCCUCUUUCAUUGUCCCACCAGCCUCAGCAUUAGAUGCUCAUUUGACGGACAUCAGUAUAGCCACCUCGGCAGCCCCGACAUACCUUCCUUCUCAUUAUUUCACAAACCAAGACAAGAGUGGAAAAACGCACGAGUUCAACCUCAUCGAUGGUGGUGUUACUGCUAAUAAUCCGUCUUUUAUUGCUCUGAGCGAAGUCACCAAACAAGUUACUAAAAAGAACCCAGAUUUCAAGCCUGGGCCAGUGGACUACACUAAAGUUUUGGUGAUCUCACUUGGAACGGGUUCAAACAAGACUCAACAGAAAUACAAUGCAAAAUUGUCUGCCUCUUGGGGGCCUAUCUCCUGGAUUUACUAUAAUGGUUCGUCUCCUAUCAUUGAUGCAUUCUCGGAAUCAUGCGUGGACACGGUUAAUUACUACAACUGUGUGUUUUUCGAUGCCGCGGGAUGUGAAAGUAACUAUUUUAGAAUCGAUGAUGACACACUACAAGGAGAUCUUGCUUCGGUGGACAUAGCUACCACAAAGAACUUGAACAAUCUUGUGGAAUCGGGCAAGAAGCUGCUCAAGAAAACUGUUACUCGCAUCAACUUGGCCACGGGUCUCUACGAACCCAUUCCAAAUGGUCCCUCCAACCAGGAAGAACUCAAAAGAUUUGCGAAGCUACUUUCUGAUGAAAGGAGGCUCCGACUGGCCAAUGCCAAAGCCACUGCGUAGUUAUUUUCAGCUGCAUCGUCUCAAAUCCAUCGAGUGCUAAUAAAUAAUGAAAUAAGCUUAGCUUGAUAUAAUUAAAUAAGUCACGGUAAUAUGCCGUGUGUUCUAUCAAUAAUUUGUAUUUUCUUUUAUGUUCGACCUGUGUAAUUGUGUUAUUGAAUUUGUUUCUCUU